GCACGAAUUUCCUCUUCUUCUUUUUGUUUUCCCGCGUCACCUUGCCUCGGAAUAUCACAGAUAAGCCUCAUGGGCAGCCUGGGGGUUUGGGCGCUGGCUGUGGCCGCUCUGCUGGGAACGUCAGGGUGCUGCCUGGCUGAAGGGCACAAGAGCAGCAGCAGAAGAGGGAGCACGGAUACAGCCGGCGUGUCACGUACCUCCUCCCAGGAGUCACGCUACAUGGAGAAGGGGAAAGCAGACGGUAACAUCGAUCAAUCCCUGUCCGAUCCAGACGGAGGGCCCUGUCGGAGGACCUACUGCGGACGGGGUCGGCAGUGCGUCCUGAUGGCGGAAACCGGGAGGGCCGAGUGUGUCUGCCAGGAAAAGUGCCGGCCCUCCUUCGUGCCGGUGUGCGGCUCGGACGGCCGGUUCUACGAGAACCACUGCGAGGUUUACCGCACCGCCUGCCUGGAGAGGAGGAGGAUCUACGUGGUGCACAGCAAGGACUGCUUCUUCAAAGGCAAUGCGUGCACCAUGUCGGAGUACAACAGGCUGAAGAGCAUGCUGCUGGAUAUGCAACCAAAAGUGCUGAAGGAUGGAGCACAGAGCCAGCAGAGGGACAUGGAGCAGAAGAGAGCGCUGGUGGACACCAUGUUUAAGUACCUGGACGUGAACCAGGACGGCCGGCUGAUCAGCGAUGAACUGGAAAAGAUUUCUAUGAAGGAGCACCUGGAGGACAGUCUGCUGGAGUGCACCAUGCAAGACCUGCUGCGAUACGACGAUUACAACAACGAUGGUCACCUCAGCCUGCACGAGUUCUACACAGCUUUCCAGGUUGUCCAGCUGAGCCUGGCGGAGGACCAGCGAAUCAGCAUUUCCACGGUGACGGUGGGCCUCAGCGCCGUCCUGACGUGUGCCAUCCAGGGAACGCUUCGCCCACCAAUCAUCUGGAAGAGGAACGGCAUCAUAUUAAACUUCCUGGACUUGGAAGAUAUCAACGACUUUGGGGAUGAUGGCUCCCUGUACAUCACCAAGGUGACCACCAUCCACAUGGGGAACUACAGCUGCCAUGCGUACGGCUAUGAAGAUCUCUAUCAGACACAUGUGCUGCAGGUGAAUGUCCCUCCAGUGAUCCUGGUCUAUCCGGAGACGCAGGCCCAGGAGCCCGGAGUAUCUGCCAGCCUGCACUGCCACGCCGACGGCAUCCCAAAUCCCAAACUGCUCUGGCUGAAGAACGGCAUGGAUCUGCAGCCCAGAUCCUCCAAACAGCUCUCUCUCAUAGCAAACGGUAGUGAGCUCUUCAUUGGCAGCGUCCGGUACGAGGACACCGGGGCCUACACCUGCAUCGCCAAGAACGAGGUGGGCGUGGACGAGGACAUCUCCUCUCUGUUUGUAGAGGAUUCAGCCAAGAAGACCCUUGCAAACAUUCUGUGGAGAGAAGAAGGGCUGAGCGUGGGGAACAUGUUCUACGUGUUCUCUGACGAGGGCAUCACGGUUCUUCAGCCCAGCGAGUGUGAAAUACACAGACACAUGAAGCGGACAGAGAGGAUCAUCGCGACGUAUGAGGAGAUGUGCCCGAAAGGUGAGGGGGUGUCUCCCCAGCACUGCGUGUGGUCCUCAGCAGUCAACAUCAGAGAUAAGUACAUCUACGUGAGCCAGCCCCUGCAGAGCCGACUGCUGGUCGUCGAUAUUCAAGCGCAGAAGGUGGUGCAGGCCGUCGCAACGGAUCCCUACCCUGUGAAGAUGUUGUAUGAUAAAUCCCAUGACCAGGUGUGGGUGCUAACAUGGGGCGAUAUGGAGAAAACACACCCAACACUUCAGGUGAUCCCUCAGGCUAGUGUGGGUGAGGUACAUCACGCCAUCCGCACAACGUUCCAGAGGGUGAACGACUUCUUCAUCCCCCCGACCAACCUCAUCAUUACUCACGUGAGGUUCGCCUUUGUCUUCCUCAAAAACGAACCGGCCAUUCACAAGAUUGAUCUGGAGACCUUCCACCGCGUCAAGACCAUCAGCCUGAAGAACUACAGCUGCAUACCCGUCAGCAUGGCCUACACGCACCUGAGCGGCUUCUACUUUGUCCAGUGCCAAAGCAAAGGCCUGCUGCCGACCCCGGCCCAGCUCCUCAUCGACAGCGUGACCGACACGGUGGUCGGUCCGAACCUGAACGUCACAGGUCAGGCGUUUGUGUCUCCGGACGGACGCUACGUUGUGACAGCUGACCCGCUCAGCUCAAGGCUGAUCGUACAGACAGUGUCGUUCCAGGGAGAGCUGGGUCUGAACCGGCAGAUAGACCAGCCCGUGGCUGUCUCUGAUCUGGUUUUCCAGCCUUCCUUCACGCAGUCUAACCAGCACGUGGUCGUGGCCACCUCGGCCUCAGGCACGGACCUGCUGUUUGCGGAUCUGUCCUCGGGCCGCACGGAGGUUCUCCAGAGCCUCAAGGAGCCCCUGGCCCCACAAGCCUGGCCCUGGGGAGGCCCCAACAGAGUGGUGGUCUCCAGCGGAUUGUUUGGACAGUACCUGCUGACGCCGUCAGUUGAGUCCCUCUUUGUUCUGAACGGCAAACAGAGAACGCCGCACUGCGAGGUGUCAGACAUCAAGAGAGGGAACACAGUAGUCUGGGUCGGUGAAGUAUGAGUUCAGAAAAAAAAAAGAAGAA